GUUGUUAUGAACUCCGCUCUGUCAUUGGCAUCUGAUCUCGGCGUCCUUCGUGGCAACUGAUUCCCAGAUUAUUGAUAUUAUUGAUUGUUGGAUACAUCGAUUGAUCGUCUGCUUCUCCCAUCAUUCAGGUUUGACCCUUGUUAUCACACUGUGGUUUGUGUUCAGUAUGUCUUGUGUUCAUUACAGGUUUCAGAGUCGACUCACCUACGACUCGCUCCAGUUUGAUGGCCUCAACAUCACUGUGGGAGAGCUGAAGCGGCAGAUCAUGAGGCGCGAGAGGCUGAAGUUCUGCCAGCUGAAGAUCAGCAAAGCCCAAACUGAUGAAGAAUACACAGAUGAUGAUGCUCUCAUCCCCAAAAACACAUCGGUCAUCAUCAGACGGGUCCCUGCGGCUGGACUGAAGUCCUCCAACAGAAGAUUUGUUGGACAUCAAGCUGGAUUAUCAGCUAAAUCUUCUCAAACAGGUGAUUCUUCACUCCUCUCACUGGAGCAGCUGUUGAAGACUGAGAAUCUGGCUGAGGCAAAGGCAUCAGAGGAGGACAAGCUAAAAGCGGUGAUGUACCAGUCCAGUCUGUGCUACUACUCCAGCAGGUGAGCGUUCAGACACUGACAGGUUUGGUUUGUGAGAAAUGUUAGAGCUGAUUCUCAUGGUUCUGAUGUUCAUCAGUGAGGCCAUGACACUGCUUGGGCUUCUUCCACCCAACUAUGUCUGCUUUCACUGUGGGAUCCCAGGACACCACAUUAGGCACUGCCCCUCUAAAGGGGUAACUGGGUUUUCUAAGCUUAUGGUUGCUGUGAACUUGAGCUCUUGUCUCCAUCAGUCAGAUUGUUUGCUCUGUCGUUUGACUGUCACUCAUGAAUUCACAGGGCAGCAGCUCUGCUCCGCUUAAGCGCAUCCGGAGGAGCACAGGGAUUCCCCGCAGCUUCCUGUUGGAGGUGGACGACCCAAACCGAAAGGGAGUCAUGAUGGACGGCAGCGGCAAAUACGUCAUUCCCAUCAUAGACGCUGAGGCCUAUGCUGCUGAGAAGAAAAAGAGGCCGUCCUUCUCCUGCCAGACCAAGCCGCUGCCCUCCUCUUCCUCAGCUGGUGCAGCAUCUUCAGUCCAGGACGCCAGAGGGAAACGUUCCCGCUCCCCAUCUCCACCAGAGACGCACGGCGACCAGAAGAGACCACGUCACUGAGAGACCUUCACCCAAGAGACCUGGAGCCGACGUGAGCACAGUGUAUAUAUUGUACAUAGUUUAUGAAUAAAACUGAAUAAAGAUUAUAGCAGCA